AUGGUCCUCAGAGUGGAUGACAGGAUUACGAGCGGCUAUAGGGGCUGCGGAAUCAUGUCCCGACCACCCACUACAUGGGUCCUCGUUAAUGCGCUUGGUGGGAAUGGUUAGGGGAAUGGAGACCCCCCAGGGACAAGCAGCCAGGCUCAGGCCAGGGGAGCUUAUAGCGGCUACAGACGUGAUGAUUCAAGCGUUUAAGAGAGUAGCCAAGGGUGUGGAGCCUGUGGACCCUUGGAUCAAAGUGAUCCAGGGGCCAACGGAAUCAUUCUCUGCUUUUGUGGACAAGCUCCUGAAGGCCAUACAGGGGUCAGAACUCCUGAAAUCAGCCCAAGGUCCAGUUAUUAUGGACUAUCUCCAGCAGCAAGGCCAGCUAGAAGUCAGGGAACUUCUCCGUACUGCCCCACAACUUAGUACGCCUGGGGAGAUGAUCAAAUAUAUUCUGGAUAAACAAAAGACAGAAUCUCUGACCAAUGAAGGGUUGGCAGCGGCUAUUGUCGCUGCAGUUGGGACACAACAGCCCCAGGGGCCAUGUUAUGGGUGCGGCCAAGAGGGUCACAUUAAGGCAAAUUGUCCGAUUGUGCAUGGUGCGCGGGAAUUGCAGGGCCUGGCCAGGGGGCCAAUAGAGCCAAUAUGUUGGAAUUGCGGAGGCCGUGGCCAUACCACCUGCCAGUGCCCAAGUAAGAGCAUGCUGAGGAGAGAUGGACACCAGCAGGGAAACGGAGGUGGGAGGGUCCCCCUCCCCCAUUCCUAUGACUGGGCCAACCCCAGGUCCUCCCCUUGAAUUCAUCAUGCACCCACAGUG